CUCCGACAGACAGACUCGCCGUGCCUGUCUCCCUACCGUCUCUCUGACCGACGUCCCUUCACAUCGCACUGAGAGCAUGUCUCAAAAAGUAGAGAAGAAAGUCCCAGUGAAGGGGGGAGCGGACAGUCGACCCUCCUCUGCUGCAGGAAGGUUGGACAGUCGACCCUCUUCUGCUGCAGGAAGGUCGGAGAGUCGACCCGCUUCUGCUGCAGGGAGCACUUCCUCUCGCACUCAGUCUCCAGGGGAUGGCCUGAAGUCCUCUCUCCGAGGCUCCCAUAAAGGCUCAACACACAAAGACUCCACGAGCAGCUCAUCCAGCCAGCGCAAGAAGAGCCGACAACUCAGUGACAACUCCAUCGCUGCCAUCUACGCACCCUACAUCAACGCGCUGUUUGGCCAGGACAGAGAGUUAUUACCCGAGGAGCUGGAUGAGCUGCUGCAGGCCUUUAAGGAGUUUGACUAUGACAGCGACGGCUACGUGCACUACAAGGAUGUGGCCAACUGCAUGAGGACCAUGGGAUACAUGCCAACGGAGAUGGAGCUCAUCGAGAUCAACCAGCAGAUCAAGAUGAAAUGGGGAGGGCAUGUGGACUUUGAUGACUUCUGUGAGUUGAUGGGCCCACGCAUGCUAGCUGAGACUGCUCACAUGGUGGGCCUACGGGAGCUCCGCUGUGCCUUCGCGCAGUUUGACUGUAAUGGGGAUGGACGGAUCACCUUCGAGGAGCUGAAGGAAUCCAUGAAGAGUUUCCUGGGGGAGAAACUGAAGAAGGGCGAACUGGAGGAGAUCCUCACUGACCUCGAUCUCAACGGAGACGGGAACGUCGACUUCGACGAGUUUGUCAUGAUGUUGGCCACCCGGUAGAUUUCUCAUCUCCCACUGCAUGAUGUCAAGUUGCUUCUCUGACAAAACCAGCGCUCAUGUCCUCUCCAACCCACACUAUGCUGCUCCAGUGUAAAUGCUUCAUGGCAAUGUAUUUCUAUAUUUGUAUGAUGAAGCCACUGUAAAGACUAGAUCAAGGAUUAAUUAAUUUCUGACCAAACUGGUGUUAAUCAUUGCCUAAUUUUAAAAAUUGCCUAAGUUCAGCAAAUGGAAUGUAACCGAUAUCUUAAAGGGCAUUAGGACAGAGUUAUGAAACAAACAUGCCAGAGUUGUUGCAGUACACUGCUGCCCUCUAGAGUGAUGUGGUGAACUGCAUGGAUAUCACUGCCUGAAAGUGUGCCAAGUCCUCAUCUGAUUGUAUAAGAUUAAUAGGGUGAAUUUAUUUCCUGUUAACUUCUGUUUCUACCAUCACAGAGUAUGUGGAAUGUUUAAAUGGUGAAGACGAGUAAUCGAGUAGGGGAGCCUACACUGAGAAACAGGACUAAAUCAGAGUGUUUUUCCAAACCCACAAUCAGGGGUGCUCACAUCCCAGGACACACUGAAAGACAGCUCUAAGGACAUGGUGAAAAAAUAGCUUUUAUUAAUGAAAAUUAAUAACUUAAAUAUGCAAGCAGAAAAAAGUGAGAUAUUUUAAAAAAAAAAAAAAAAAAACAAUCUGUUGAUUACUACUUUGUACAAAUGAUUUAAAUACAACAGAGCAGUUUACUGGA